CGCGACUUAAGAACAGUGCAGUGAGGGAUAUUAUCAGCAAUGGAGCGAUUAAAGAACUGUUUGCUCAAAAAACCUACCAAGAAUGAUCUGGACGAUGGACUCGAAACGGAGACUGAGUACACCGAACGCUGGACGUCGGUGCGCAUUAUUUACUACACAAUGUUUCUAAUGUCGUUAGGAUUUAGUAUUAUUCUAACAGGUGUGUGGCCAUAUUUGGACAAGCUAGAUCCUCACGCCGGAAAGGAGUUCUUGGGAUGGAUAGUAGGUGCGAAUCCGGUCGGGCAAAUGAUCUUUAGCCCUCUCGUGGGUUGGUGGGGCAAUCGGUUAGGAUCGAUCCGUUUGCCUCUGCUCUGCUCGCUGGCACUUUUCUCCAUUGCCAGCGGAAUCUACGCCUGUCUCGAACUGUUUCCAACUCAUCAAAAGUAUUGGAUGCUUUACUCCAGAUUCCUUAUCGGUGUCAGCUCGUCGAGCGUGGCCGUGUGCCGUUCAUAUCUGUCGGCGGCCACCAAGGUGAAAGAGCGCACUGGUGCCGUAUCGAUGGUAUCGCUCGCACAAACGCUCGGAUUCAUCGUUGGCCCUGUGCUGCAAGGAGCCGUUACCAUGUUCGGUGAAGAUGGAUUGCCACUGAUGAAGAACAAAUUGCACCUCAAUAUGUACACAGCGACCGGAUGGAUUAACGUGCUUAUGGGCAUCUUGAACUUUUGCCUGUUCUUACCCUUCGUGUUCAAAGAAAAGCGAAUCGCUGCCCGCGAAGCCAUGAUGCAGCAAGGAAUGCAGUCAGAGAAAGAAACUUGGAAAUCGAUGAAGCCCGAUUAUUUAUCUGCCUGGACGUUAAUAUGUGCAUUUUUCAUACUGGUAUUCAACUUUGUAUUUCUCGAAACACUGGCUACGCCGUUGACGAUGGAUAUGUUCGCAUGGACGAAGGGUGAAGCACUGUACUACAUGGCGUGGAUUAUGGCCGUGGGAGCCAUAUUGGCUAGUGCCGUGUUUCUCAUGAUUGAUCCAUUAUGCAAGAGGAUACCGGAGCGGCAAGUGCUCAUAUGGGGUGGAUUUUUCCUCAUGGUACUGGGACGCGCCGUUUACAUCCCGAUGAGCGACACACCACCAAAGAUGGCCCUUCCAGAAAAUGAAACGCUAGCGGCAAUGCGAAUGGAGGAUACGUCGCCGUACGUAUAUGGGUCCAACUUUACAGACGUGCGGUCGAAUUUGACCAGAGUGGACUUUGACUAUGGCGGACCUAUUACCACACUCGAACCAAUCGCUAUUGGUGACGCUAAGGAUUUGCUUGGAUGUCCCCCAACGCAGGAAUGGUGUAAAACUACGCGGGGCAUGACUAUUACUCAAUUCCUUGUAGGAUACGCUUUCACGGCGAUCGGAUAUCCGAUUGGAGUUACGCUUAUUACAACUAUAUUUUCCAAAGUUCUUGGACCACGUCCUCAAGGCACAUGGAUGGGCAUAAUGACUGGCUCAGGCUGUUUAUCGAGAGCAUUAGGUCCAGUGUUUUUAUCCACCAUCUACACUAAAUAUGGACUCUACUGGACUUUUGGCAGCACGGCUGUAAUGAUGGCCGCUACAAUGCUGUGGUUGUGGCAGAUGAGACAAAGAUUAGUUCCUAUCCCGUACGAUGUUAAUUGUAGGGGGGAAGAAUUGAUUGCGGUGGUGGCAAAGCAGGACCAAGCAGCAGAACCAAAAAAGACAGCCGAUGAAGUAACAGAUCAGUUGAACGGCAAUUCUAAAGCCGGCCACGUUGUCGGAGACAGCUGAUCCUUCUCGCUUAGCAUGUUGCAUAAUUGGCAUAACCAAACUGUUUGCUCACUUUACAUAUACUAUAUU